AUGGUACACCAGAAUACUUCGGGCAACCCGCUAAGCUCGGGUUCGCUCGCGCUGUUCAUGGCAACGUCGCUACCAAAAGGCGAAUCUUCACAGCUCAAGAAUGGCACCGCAGCCGUCGCACUAGCAGUACACGCCGGCAUGCUUGCUGUUGGCUUCCGCCUGAUCGGGCUGGGCGAAGACGAGCGCAUAGAAGCGCACGCAGACGCCGAAAACCCAGAGUCGUUACCGAAGGAAUGGAAUGCGUCAUCCUCAUACGCUUUCAGAUACGCCCACGCGCAAUCAGCCAUGGAGUACCUCGUCAAGGUCAAUAGGUUGGGAGGCAAAGCUGUCGUAUACGCUCUCGCGCUCGGCGAUGACAAGACCACACAUUUCGAAGUCACGACCAAGGACUACAUAUCCGAAUCACAAUUACCAUUCAGCGUGUCUGAAGAUAUAUCAACGGAGCAGGUGUCGGAGAAGGUGCAAGAACUGUUCAUCUCGCCAGGCAGGCUGAACGACCUCGGCUCGCUCCUCAAGAUAUCUGUCAUACAGAAGCUGGCACCCGGGCUGAACAAGCCAGGCUACGAGGAGGGCAACACCGACCGGGAGCGCACCCCUACAGCGGAUCGGCAAGAACCACAACGAGGGGGACCCGCAAACCCACGGCAGCCCCCCACCGAACCGGAGCCCGCACGACCAUACCCUUUCAACGAUCCUCUCGCCGCACAGCCAGGCUCGGGGCGGCAUCUACCAGAACCCAUACCUGGCUUUGACGACGAGUUGGGCAUGAACAGACAGCCCGGUCGCAUGCCCGGUAACAACCCCAUCAACAUUGGGCAUGACGAUUUAUAUCCACAGGGUCUCGGACCUAAUGAUCCCCUUCGGCCACACCUAGCAGGAGGGCUGCCACGACCCGGCGGUUUUGGCGGCGGCGGGAUGCAUCCCACCUUCGAUGAUCCGCUGUUUCGCGGUCAAGGCGGACAGGGUGGAUAUGAUCCCAGAGCACCUCCGGGGGCGCGUUACGACCCUCUAGGACCAGGCGAUCCACUCAGAGAGGACAGAGGGAGAGGUCCUAUGUUCCCAGGCGGGGGCGGCUUUGGAGGGCCUGGUGGUUUCGGCGGAGCAGGUGGACGACCGCCGAAUCCAUUCGGUGGCUUUGGUGAUGGAGACUUCAUCUAA